AUGUCUCCCGCAAGAUUGCUUUCGUUCCGGCCUGUGGCCGCAGCGGCAUUGAGGCCCGGCCGAUUGCCCGUCUGGCAAGCAACAUCGUCCAUCACAUAUCAACGAGCCAAUUACUCCCCAAUACCUCCAUUGGACAAGAAAAACGACGACCUUGGAGGACCGUACGGCCAGGAGUCUCCCAACCCGGAGCACAGACAGAAACAAAACCGGGGGUUUGCCGUUCGCACGGCAGCAACCAUUGGCCUGGCCUUCGGCGUCAUAGCCGUCUUCUCCGUCUUCGCGAGUCCCAGGCAGAUCGCCCAGCACCAGAUCGAGAACGACAAGGUGAUCGGGGCACCAACAUCCAACACCGGCAAGGCUUUGGCGGACUUGAAGCGCCGGGACGGCGUCAAGACGUCCCACCAGCUGCACCAGGAGCAGUCGGGCUCGAGCAUCCUGGGCACCAAAUAG